AUGACAGGUCACGCUCUCCCUCCCUCCCACCUUUGCCCCUACCAUAUAAGGACAGGCAGCUGCUGGGGGCGUCCCCAGGAUCUAAAGAUAGCUGCCCCUGCCUGGGACUCCAAACCCCACGGGGCAGCGGGAACCGCCAUGGCGCGGCAGCACGCCCGGACCCUGUGGUACGACAGGCCCAAGUAUGUGUUCAUGGAGUUUUGCGUCGAGGACAAUACCGAUGCUCAGGUGCUCAUCGAAGACCACCGCAUUGUGUUCAGCUGCAAGAAUGCCGAUGGAGUGGAGUUUUACAACGAGAUUGAGUUCUAUGCCAAGGUGAACUCCAAGGACUCCCGGGAUAAGUGCUCCAGCCGCUCUGUUACUUGUUUUAUGAGGAAGUGGAAAGAGAAUGUGGCCUGGCCCCGACUCACCAAGGAGGAUAUCAAGCCAGUGUGGCUGUCUGUGGACUUUGAUAACUGGAGAGACUGGGAAGGGGAUGAAGAGGUCGAGCGGGCUCAUGUGGAACAUUAUGCAGAGCUUUUGAAGAAGGUCAGCACCAAAGGACCUCCCCCUACCAUGGAUGACCUGGAUGAUGAUUCUGACAGCACCGAUGUAACAGGCACUUGA